AUGGAGCCCGGUCAACAGCCUUCACAGCCAUGCUCAGCAAACUGGGAGAUCCUUGCCGGCCCCACUGUGGGCCCUCUCGGGGUUGCUACACCCGGACGACGGGCAACACACUUCCCCUCAGCCAGAUCCCCCAGCCGGGAGAGCCUUAUGUCGCAGAAACCAGAACAGGCCUUCGUGGCCCGACGUUUCCGGAAAGACUCUUCUGCCUGCGCUUCAACAGUGAACCCUAUCCCUGCAGGGCGAGACAGGCACGUCCUCCUGCCACUGCAGUCGGUGCACAAAGCGCGCCCGGGUCUCCGGCGCCCAUACGCCCGCCCCGCCGUUCUCAGUUACACAGCCGGAUCAAGCCUCGCUCGCUGCAGGUGCCAGUGCCGGUUACGAUGUACAGCCGACCACGCUUCCCGCCGGCCCUCAGCAAAGGAGGCCUACACCAUCCGCCGGGUCCUCAACCCAGCUGGCGUGCCAGCCUUUUGGGACUCAGCCAUCCAGUCUGCAAGCCUCUCCCGCGGCCAGCCCCCGAGAAGCCUUCAGUAUGUCCCGCCGCAGCAGCCACUGCCAGCACCUGAGCGGCGCCGCUGGGGCCUAGAUUUCACGUUCAAGACCUGCCCGCGCGACCAGCGUCGGCCUACUCAGGUUACCAGGAAAGGCCAGGAGGCCUCCAGGAAAGCCAAAGCCUUGGAGCAGUGGAAGGAACUCCUUCAGCUUCUCGGGGACGCGUCCGACUUGUGGCAAUUCAUGGAGUACCUCAUCCUCAACAGCCUUGAAAUCAGCCAGCCCUUCGCCGUGCGCCUCCAUGGAAUCUCCGGCCGAGAAUUGGCCAGCCUAUGGGUGUUGCCCUUCCUCAGGGCCGUACAGACGGUGUGGGAGCGUACAGAGAAGAUCUACGGCACAGACAAUUGCCCCGAUUUCAUCCUGCCUACUCUACAUAACCUUCGGGGUUUUCCGGGCAAGCCGGCUGCAGCCUACCACCAGCCUAUGUCGUACAGCCAAGCACUAGGAUGCCUUCGCUUCUUCAUGUGCCGAAAACACCUGGAGGGCAACUCCCCGGAGCUCCUCACGCCAGCCGAAGCCUCCGCCUUCACUAUGCAUAGCCUCAAGGUAUGCCUCUUGAGCGCCGGGGCACAGAUUCAGGCAGCCGACAAGAUCAGACAGCAGCAAGGCCAUCACAAGAACCCUAGUGUGCAGCUCUACGGUAGAGACGACACCCUUGGAGCCUUGGCCCUGCAAUCUGAAAUCACCCAAGCCUGCGCCUUAGGUUGGCGGCCUUCACGACCAAUCGCAAGGGGUGGCCAACACCCAACAGUGGAACCGCCCUUUUCCGUUAGCUCUGCCUCGCCUCCCGAGUCAUUCCAGCUUUCUGCCCUCGGCCUUGAUACCCAGCUCGCGGCUGCGGAGACGGCCGAUCACCAGCCCUUGCCGACUGAGGCACAACCCGAACAGGGGACAGACGCAGCCUGCAGCCUGCCUCCAACCAUACCGGCAGACGACAUCGAAGCCUUGCUUGUGGAAAGCUUGGAGGAACAGCCUCCCCCGCCGACAUUAGAGGACAUAGCCCUCUUCCAGAAUGGACCCUGGGGAUCUGUUCACGCACAGCCGAUGGGAGCAGAUAAAGCGGCCUGCGGCAGGCCCCGCUCCACGGCGGCCUUUUGCCCUACAUGCCCGAACACGGCCUUUUUCUGCCGCAGAGCGGCUUGCCGCCGCUUGCUGGACGCUCUGCCUUAA